CCAAGGAUCCUAAUUCCCAGCAGCAAAGAAGAACCUGCAACCUUAGAAGAGAAAAGGGAAAUAGAGAAAAGAGAGCUUGCUUUCGGUGAAUAAAUGGAGAGAGAUAUUAGCCAAAAAAAAAUGGAGAGAGAUAAGGAGAGCGAGCCGAUUAAUAUAGUGGCUGAUGCGGUGGUGGUGAUAAUGAUAGAGAAGCUGCGGAAGCUCAAGUCGGCCAAGGAGUUGUGCCCCUUGCUGAAGAGUCAGCUCGAUGAUGUGAUCCCAAAGCUCAAACGGAUCUACGAUUUCUUGAAGGACGAGAGCAAGAAGGAUAGCCAUCCUGAGUGGACGGACCGCCUCCUGCGGGCCCUCUACCAGGCCGAGGACCACAUUGACAUUUUCUUCCGCCCGAUAGGCAAGUGGGAGCAGGUGACUAUCACGCUUGUUCCCGACGUGCUCGCGACACUGAGGAAGGGCCUCCUCUGGCGGAGGAUGAGGCUCUUCGUCAGGCAAGUGGAUGGGGCACUUGCGGACCAACACCUGUACCUGAAAGGGGCCGCCCCUGAUUCGAGGCCGACCAUCCCCAACGAAAGGGCCCACCAGUACUACGACCGGUGGAGGAGAGUCAAUGCCGACCAAGAAAACACAGCUGAGAACACUAGCAUAUUCCGCGGUGCUCUCGACAGGGUCAUCAAUGAUCGACUCCUUACUGAUGCUCACAAGGGUCUCUAUUGCAGUGCGGUCGUCGGUGAAGAAGGGUCGGGCAAGACGUACCUCGCCUGGAGGAUUUACAACCGACCGGAAAUCAAGAAGCACUUCCCAUGCCGAGCCUGGGUACACGUCUCGGAUGAUCGUGCACUCAAAGAUAUAAGGUACUUGGUCCUGAAGCAGAUCUCAGACCAGCUGAAGAAGAACAGCGAGUACAUGGACAACCAGGUGUUGAAGAACCGCGAGCACAUGGAGGACAAGGAGGUGACGCAAGCUCUCCAGAAGGAACUUUAUGACAAGAGGUACCUCAUAGUGUUGGAUGAUUACGACGACACUCACUCCUGGUAUCAGUUCAUAAGGUUCCUUCCCGACUCCAAAAAAAGCCGCGUCCUAGUCACGACCCGAAGCUGGCAAAUGGCAAGUGUAGUUGAUUAUGAUUACCCCCCAAUCGAACUAAACAAUUUGGAGUUGGGUGACACUGUGCAGCUCUUUAAGGAGAAAGCGCGUAGCUUGGAAAUCAACUUGCAGGAUGAGGACAUCAAGGAGAAGAUCUUCCCAGCGAGUGGGGGCUUGCCCCUCAAGAUCGUUCUGCUAGGCGGGCUAUUGAUGAACCUUAGUCGUGGGACUAAGAAUUGGCAUGACGUGAUCAAGAGAGUACAGAGUCUCACCGACAUACUCACUUUGAGUUACAAUUACUUGCCGCCGGAAGAAAAGCCGUGUUUUCUUUACUUGACCCUCUUCCCUAAAGCUAUGCCAAUUCCGGUACGAAGGAUAGUACGGUUAUGGCUCGGCGAGGAGUUGCUGAUGGGUGAGUGCGAUGACAGGCUUCACGUGAAUCCCGAAGUCUGGGGGGAGAAGUAUCUGGAGGACCUGAUACUGAGCAACAUGGUCGAAGUGGUGAGUUGGAACCCCGACGGGACCCCAAGGACGUGCCGAGUGGUGACACCUCUCUAUGAUACGUUCCGUCGCCAAGCGGUAGACCUUGGCCUCCUCCACAUCCACGACCAAAAGCCAAAAGAUUCUGGGCCAACUCAGGCGGAAUCGGACAGGUUCAAAAGGCGGCAGUCCAGCAUCCAUUGGCUCGCGGAAUACUCCAACAUCAAGAGCUUCGGCUGGUCGGACCCUUACAACGUCAAGCGAAUGCGUUCCUUCACUUCCUUUUACGCCCGGAAGGGAAUCCUCACCAGCGACAUAGAUAAGUUCCUCCGAGCCGUGACUUUGCACAACAGUCACCGGCUCCUAAGGGUACUCGACCUGGAAGGUGUUUACAAGCCGUACUUGCCCGGCGUUAUUGGGAGGUUAGUCCUCUUGAAGUACCUUGGGUUGAGGUCGACGGUCCUGGAUUCACUACCCAACUCCGUUGGCGAUCUCCCACAACUGGAGACCUUGGACAUUAAGAACACCAAUAUAGUCCUUCCGGUUUCCCUUUGGAAGUCUAAGAGCCUCCGGCACCUCUACUUGAAUGGGUUUCCCGUUGAUCCAUCGAUCCUCAAACGUUGCACGAGCUCAGGGUUCUUACCAGACCUUCGAACCUUGACUGGGCUAUAUGUGAGCAGCAUUGAUGACGACUUAGUGAAUGGUCUGAUGAAGUCCUUGAGAGGCCUUACCAAGCUCGGGAUCAUCUCCCAGUGGAGCUACAAGCUAGGGAACAAUAUAGCCCGGUGGGUUCCCAUGCUGACCAAUCUUCAGUCUCUGAAGCUGGGCAUGAUUGAAAAGGAUAAGGAGAAGACCAAAACAGAAAAAGAAAAGGAUAAGGAGUCGAAGACCAAAACAGAAAAAGAAAAGGGGUCGCCCCCGCCUAGCCUUCCCUCCUUGCCCGAGCUUCGCAGUCUGUUCGACCUGUACCUGCUCGGGAGACUCCAAAAUGUGGAAGCAAAUCAGCUGCCUUCAUGCCUCAAGGUCCUCACGCUGUCCAAGUCCGAGUUUUCAGAUGACCCGAUGCACAACCUUGGGCAGUUACAGCAACUGAGAACCUUGAGGCUCUUAUCCAAUUCAUACACAGGUGAGAAAAUGAGUUGCUCAAAGGAUGCAUUCCCGAGCCUCCGGGUUUUGAAGCUCUGGAACCUCACCAAACUGAAGAAGUUGAUUCUGGAGCAAGGCUGCAUGCCUAAACUUAAAGAGCUCGAAAUUCGAAAAUGUCCGGAGCUUCGAUUCGAAGGGAUCGAUAGUCUGGAGCAUCUUGAGUCACUGAAGGAACUUAUUCUCACAAAAAUGCACCAUGAGUUUUUCACGGAUUCUGAGAAAAUACUGAAGCAUUGCCAAGUCAUCGAAGUUGAGCCAGAAGAACAUCAUGACAAGGGUAAGGAUGCUUUGGUCUCAACCAAGCAACCAGUGGUCGAGUGGCAGCCAGAAGAACAUCAUGACAAGGGUAAGGAUGCUUCGGUCUCAACCAAGCAACCAAUGGCCGAGGAGGAUGGCCAAGACGAGGAGCCUAUAAAUGCCCGUGCAGUCCCUAGUGAAGACCAUCCCUCUGCUCCCUUUCCGUUUGUUUAAUAAGCCCCGAAGGAUUUGUGCUGUGGUUGGGCUGUUCCAGUGGGGCCGGCAGUCAUCCAUUUUUUUUUUCCAACUAUAUAUCUUCAAAGUUCGUGCCGGUUUCGGUUUCAUGAUUAAAGAAUCGGAUUGUAAUGCAUAGGCUUGAGAUGCAAUUUAUCAGUUAUCAAAUUUGUUUGCAGUUUCCUGAGAAGGCUUUUUCUGAAAGUUUACACCAACCACUCCCCCUUUGCUAAU